UGGUAGCUAUGGGUACUUCCCCACGGACAUUCCUGAUCCUGGGAUGUUUUCUUGCAGGACCGUUCCUAACAUUUUGCCAGCUUCCUCUGCCGACUAUUGUUCCCAAUAGGAAUGAAAUGGUGGUACAGCUGAAUUCCAGUUUCACACUCAAAUGCUCUGGAGACAGUGAAGUGAGCUGGCAGUACCCAGUGACCGAGGGAAGCCACAGGAUAGAUAUUAGACAUGAAGAAAACAACAGUGGCCUGUUCGUGACAGUGCUCGAAGUAGGAAAUGCCUCGGCUGCUCACACGGGCUUGUAUGUUUGCUAUUAUAACCACACACAAGUGGAGGAUGGGGAAGUGGAAGGAAAGGACAUCUACAUCUAUGUGCCUGACCCAGACAUGCCUUUUGUUCCUUCUAUACCAGAAGACCAGUUCAUCCUAGUGGAAGAAGGUGAUCCCGCAAUUAUCCCUUGUCGGACAAGCGACCCGGCAGCUCAAGUGACUUUAAUGAACAGUUUAGACAAGGCUGUGUUUGCUCUAUAUGACCCCAAACAAGGCUUCAUAGGGAAUUUUCUUGCGGGCUCAUACACAUGCAAAACAACGGUUAAAGGUGUGGAGUUCAAGUCUGAUGAGUUUCUCAUCUAUAUUAUAAGAGCAACUUCACAGCUGCCAGUUGAAAUUGAAGCGCUUAAAACCGUCUACAAAACAGGCGAGACCAUUGUAGUAACUUGUGUGGUCUUUGACAAUGAGGUGGUUAAUUUACAGUGGAAUUAUCCCGGGAAAGUGAAAGAAAAAGGUCUGAUAAAACUUGAUGAUAUCAAAGUCCCAUCGCAGAAGCUGAUUUACACCUUGACCAUUCCUGAGGCAUCAGUGAAAGACACAGGGGAUUAUGAAUGUACUGCUCGGCAUGCAACCAAGGAGGUUAAGGAAAAUAAGAAAGUAGUCAUUACAGUUCAUGACAAAGGCUUUGUUCACCUGGAUCCUCAGUUUAGCCCUCUGGAAGCUGUUAAUCUGCAUGAAGUCAAAAACUUCGUCGUAGAUGUGCAGGCUUACCCCGCACCAAAAAUGUACUGGCUGAAGGACAAUGUGACUCUGAUUGAAAAUCUUACUGAGAUUGUUACCACUUCAAACAGAAUCCAGGAAACUACGUUUCAGAGUGUAUUAAAAUUGAUACGAGCCAAGGAAGAAGACAGUGGAUACUAUACUUUGGUUGCUGAAAAUGAAGAUGAGAUUAAAAGAUACACCUUCUCCUUGUUAAUACAAGUUCCAGCUCUGAUCCUAGACCUUGUGGAUGAUCACCACGGCUCUGGAGGUGGGCAGACAGUGAGGUGCUUGGCAGAGGGGACCCCACUUCCUGAUGUGGAAUGGCUGGUUUGCAAGGACAUUAAAAAGUGCAGCAAUGACACUUCAUGGACCCUUUUGACUAACAAUAUCUCUGACAUACACAUGGAAGCCCACCUGGAUGAGAAAAAUAUGGUAGAAAGCCAAGUGACCUUCCAGAAGGUAGAGGAAACCCUGGCUGUGCGAUGUAUGGCAAGGAAUGACCUUGGUGCUGUCACUAGAGAACUGAAGCUUGUGGCUCCCACCUUGCGGUCAGAACUAACGGUGGCUGCUGCAGUCUUAGUGCUGUUAGUGAUUGUGAUAAUUUCACUGAUUGUCCUGGUCAUCAUAUGGAAACAGAAGCCAAGGUAUGAGAUAAGAUGGAGAGUCAUUGAGUCUAUCAGCCCUGAUGGCCAUGAAUACAUUUAUGUGGACCCAAUGCAACUGCCUUAUGACUCCAGAUGGGAGUUUCCUCGAGAUGGGCUAGUGCUUGGUCGAAUCCUUGGUUCUGGUGCAUUUGGAAAAGUAGUUGAAGGGACUGCAUAUGGAUUGAGUCGCUCUCAACCGGUGAUGAAAGUAGCUGUGAAAAUGUUGAAACCUACAGCUAGGUCUAGUGAAAAACAGGCACUCAUGUCUGAACUGAAGAUAAUGACACAUCUUGGCCCCCAUCUGAAUAUUGUGAAUCUGCUUGGAGCUUGUACCAAAUCAGGUCCUAUUUACAUCAUUACUGAAUACUGCUUUUAUGGUGAUUUGGUAAACUACCUGCAUAAGAACAGAGACAAUUUCCUGAACCGACACCCAGAGAAGCCAAAGAAAGAUUUGGAUAUCUUUGGGAUGAACCCAGCUGAUGAAAGCACAAGAAGUUAUGUGAUAUUAUCAUUUGAAAACACUGGAGAAUACAUGGACAUGAAACAAGCUGAUACCACUCAGUAUGUGCCAAUGCUGGAAAGGAAGGAGGGAUCUAAAUACUCUGAUAUUCAGAGAUCUGUGUAUGAUCGACCUGCUUCAUAUAAGAAGAAAUCCAUUUCAGAAUCAGAAGUCAAAAAACUUCUUUCAGAUGACAGUUCAGAGGGCCUCAGCCUACUGGAUUUACUGAGCUUCACCUACCAGGUUGCACGUGGAAUGGAAUUCUUAGCUUCUAAAAAUUGUGUGCACCGUGACUUGGCGGCUCGUAAUGUCCUCCUGGCUCAAGGAAAAAUUGUGAAGAUCUGUGACUUUGGGCUGGCUAGAGACAUCAUGCAUGAUUCCAACUAUGUCUCCAAGGGCAGUACUUUCCUCCCAGUAAAAUGGAUGGCACCUGAAAGCAUUUUUGACAACCUGUACACAACACUAAGUGAUGUCUGGUCUUAUGGCAUUCUGCUGUGGGAAAUAUUUUCUCUUGGUGGCACACCAUAUCCUGGCAUGAUGGUUGAUUCUACUUUCUACAAUAAGAUAAAGAGUGGAUACCGAAUGGCCAAACCCGAUCAUGCUACCAAUGAAGUGUAUGAGAUUAUGGUGAAGUGCUGGAACAGUGAACCAGAGAAAAGACCUUCUUUCUACCAUUUGAGUGAAAUUGUGGAGAGCUUGUUGCCUGGAGAGUACAAAAAGAGCUAUGAGAAGAUCCACCUGGACUUCCUGAAAAGUGAUCACCCAGCUGUCACACGCAUGAGAGGAGACUGUGACAAUGCUUACAUUGGUGUCACCUACAAGAAUGAAGACAAGCCAAAGGACAGGGAGAGUGGAUUUGAUGAGCAGAGGUUGAGUGCUGACAGUGGGUACAUCAUCCCCCUGCCUGACAUUGACCCUGUUUCUGAAGAUGAGCUUGGCAAAAGAAACAGACACAGUUCACAGACAUCUGAAGAAAGUGCCAUUGAAACUGGUUCCAGUAGUUCUACCUUCAUCAAGAGAGAGGAUGAGACCAUUGAGGACAUUGACAUGAUGGAUGACAUUGGGAUUGACUCCUCAGACCUGGUGGAGGACAGCUUCCUGUAACCCCAUGGACACCUUCCAGCUUUGCACACGGGGAAGCUUGUUGUGUCAUCUACAGACUUCUGCUCCACAGAAAACCACUCUAUUGCAAUGUCCAGGAUGUGAAGAGCAGGUGGAUUUGUACAGAGGAACUCCCAGCAAUGGGCAGAGGAAUUAGCCUGAGUAUGAAUGAAAGAGACAUGUUGAAGAUGAUUUUUUUUAGUGUUGCUUCUUGCAGUACUUCAGUAGCAUCUCAGCGUUGUUUGCCAUUCGAGCUGGUAGGAGGACAAAGGAAAAGGCCACAAACAGACCAGUUUUGUGUUUCAAGGGCAUUCAUAUGACUUUGAUGGAUAGAAUUUCCACUG